GCACCAGAGGGAGGGAGCGUUUCCAGCAGUUGUAGGAGCCCAGGGAACAGGAAGCUGGGGGGAAGCCUCCAGCCUGAGAACCCUUGUGUCCUCGCUCAUUCCUGCCCGGCCUAGGAUGAACGAAGGCGACAGCCUCCCAGCCAUCCACAGCCAGAGGGAACUCCACGUAUGGAUCAUUGAGAAUCUGAAGACGGUGCCGGUACCCGAGAGGGCUUAUGGGAACUUCUUUGAGGAGCACUGCUAUGUUGUCCUCCACAUCCCCCAGAACCCGAAGGCCACUCAGGGGACGUCCAGCGACCUGCACUACUGGAUUGGGAAGAAGGCGGGUGCAGAGGCGCAGGGCGCCGCGGGAGCCUUCGUGCAGCGCCUGGGAGAGACCCUGGGAGGCCCCACCGUGCAGCACCGCGAGGCGCAGGGCCAUGAGUCCGACUGUUUCCGCAGCUACUUCCGCGCAGGAAUCCUCUACAGGAAGGGAGGCCUAGCCUCGGGCCUCAAGCACGUGGAGACCAACACGUACAACAUCCCACGACUGCUACACAUCAAAGGGACCAAGCACGUGUCCGCCGCCGAGGUGGCACUUUCCUGGAGCAGCUUUAAUAGGGGCGAUGUCUUCCUGUUGGACCUGGGCAAGGUGAUGAUUCAGUGGAACGGGCCUCAGACCAGCAUUUCUGAGAAGUCUCGGGGGCUGGCCCUGACCUACAGCAUCCGGGACAGGGAGCGUGGUGGCCGGGCACAGAUCGGCGUGGUAGACGAUGAGGCCAAAGCCACCGACCUCAUGCAGAUCAUGGAGACCGUGCUGGGCCGCAGAGUGGGCAGCCUGCAGGCCGCCUUGCCCACCGAGAGUAUUAACCAACUGCAGAAGGCCAACAUCCGCCUCUACCAUGUCUACAGGAACGGAGAGGACUUGGUGGUCCAGGAGGUAGCAACCCGCCCACUGACCCAGGACCUACUGCAGGAGGAGGACUGCUACAUCCUGGACGAGGGGGGCUUCAAGAUCUAUGUGUGGCAGGGACACAUGUCCAAACCCCAGGAGAAAGAGGCUGCCUUCAGUCGGGCGGAGGACUUCAUCCGGGCCAAGGGCUACCCGCCCUACACCAACGUGGAGGUGGAAGACGACGGCGCAGAGUCGGUCGCGUUCAAGCAGCUCUUCCAGACGUGGUUCCAGAAGCCGAGCAGGCACAGAAAGCUCGGCGGACUGGGUAAGCUGACGCGGGCAAAGCCGGACGUGGGCAAGCUGCACAGCCAGCCCGAGCUAGCGGCCCAGCUCAGGAUGGUGGACGACGGCUCCGGGAAGGUGGAGGUGUGGUGCAUCCAGGACUCAUGCCGGCAGCCCGUGGAGCCCAAGCAUUACGGACAGUUGUGUGCGAACAACUGCUACCUCGUCCUCUACACGUACCAGUGGCUGGGCCGCGUCCAGUCCCUCCUCUACCUGUGGCAGGGUGCUCACCACCCCCACCUGCAGGGCCACCAGGCCUCGCCAGAUGAAAUCAGAGCCCUGCACCGCAAUGCCGAGGAGCUGGAUCUCACGCAGGGUGGAGCCCUGGUGCAGGAGCACGUGACCAUGGGCAGCGAGCCCCCUCACUUCCGGGCCAUCUUCCAGGGCCGGCUGGUGGUCUUCCAGGGAAGCCCCGGGCACCAUGGGAUGGGGCAGCCGGCAUCUACCACGAGGCUCUUCCACGUGCAAGGCACUGACCGCCGCAACGCCAGGACCACGGAGGUGCCAGCCCGCGCCUCGUCCCUCAUCUCCAGUGAUGUCUUCGUGCUGGUCACGGCCGACAGCUGCUGUCUCUGGUUCGGGAAGGGCUGUAAUGGUGACCAGCGUGAGACAGCACGGGAGGUGGUCACCGCUGUCUUCCAGAGAAACGAGGAAACGGUGCUGGAGGGCCAGGAGCCUCCCCAUUUCUGGGUGGCCCUGGGAGGCCGGGCCCCGUACCCUAGCAGCAGGAGGCUCCCUGAGGAAGGCUCCAGCUUCCAGCCACGCCUGUUUGAAUGCUCCAGCCAGGCGGGCUGCCUGGUCCUCACGGAAGUGGCGUUCUUUAGCCAAGAGGACCUGGACAAGCAUGACACCAUGUUACUGGACACCUGGCAGGAGAUCUUCCUGUGGCUCGGGGAAGCUGCACAGAGGCGGAAGGAGGAGGCAGUGGCCUGGGGCCGGGAGUACCUGAAGACCCACCCAGCAGGGAGGAGCCCGGCCACGCCCAUCGUGGUGGUCACACAGGGCCACGAGCCUCCCACCUUCACCGGAUGGUUCUUUGCUUGGGACCCCUACAAGUGGACGAACAGCCAGGGUGAUGAGGGUGUGGAGAGCAGCCUGGCAGCAGUGUCCACCAUCUCUGAAAUAGCAGCACUGAGGUCCCUCUCUGGACAGGAAGUCAACAACUUCCAGCUGUCUAGAUGGCCAAGCGAUGGCAGGACAGGUCCCUUGGCCCCGCAGGCCCUGGAGGGCUCCCAGAAUAGUGCAGAGAAGGAGCUGGAGCCAGGCCCCGAGGCAGGUGACGGCAGCAGCACCCACGGCAGCACCAGUGGCGGCACCAGCCCUGCCAUCAACGGAGGCCUGCCCCGUGAAUGGCUGAUGCACCAGGCUGCUGAGGACCUGCCAGAGGGCGUGGACCCUGCCCGCAAGGAGUUCUAUCUCUCAGACUCCGACUUUCAAGACAUCUUUGGGAAGUCCAAGGAAGAGUUCUACAGCAUGGCCAAGUGGCGGCAGCAGCGUGAGAAACAGCAGCUGGGCUUCUUCUGACCCCAGGGCCUCCCCUGCCAGGGCCACCCUGAAGCCAAGACCCCAGUCACACCCUCUCGGACGCUCCUGGUCACCCCCUCUGUGUCAAUAAAAGCUCAUU